AUGUCGAAACGAAAUCUCCUUCUAUGUUUCGACGCCUUCGGGACUCUAAUUAGGCCUGUUCAGCCAGUCGCGCAACAAUAUGCUCAAGUCGCACGGCAAUGCGGUCUUACCGACUUUAGUGAUGAAGAGCUGCAAUCCACUUUGAUAUCGACUAUCAAGCAAGAGUCUAAGAAGAAUCCGAACUUUGGAAAGGAAACUGGUCUAGGCGCUACAAAAUGGUGGACAAAUGUUAUUCAUAAUACUUUCACGCCUUUGAUCCCGAAAGGCCAAUCUCUUCCUCAAGAUCUCGCGCCAAAACUACUACAUCGCUUUGCUUCAAGAGAGGGCUAUGAGACUGAAGAGGGUCUUGUAGAAGCUUUAAAAAGCUUGAAGGGUAACACCUCUCGACAUUAUGAUCAGCUUGUUGUUGGUGUCGUGACCAACUCAGAUGAUCGCAUUCCCAGCAUUCUCUCAUCCUUGGGUCUCAAUGUCAGUCCUCUUCGCUAUGGCACCGACUCCGACCCAAGUAAGAUCAAGAACAGCACUUUUGAUAUUGACUUUCACUGCAUGUCCUACGACGUCGGUGUCGAAAAGCCAGACAAGCAGAUUUUCAACGCCGCAGAAUCCAUGCUGGCCCAGAUAAUCAGCGCACGAAACGGAAGAAGUUUGAACGAAGCCAAAUCAGAAGCUGGGAAGUGGCAGAAAGUCUACGUUGGUGAUGAUUAUUCAAAGGAUGUGGUUGGGUCAGCGAAUGCGGGUUGGAACCCCGUUUUACUUGAUCCGAAAGAUGAAUGCGAGAGUAUCAUAGAUCUGAAACGUUGGCGAUCUGACUCUGCUAUUCGACGUCUUCAUAUCUGGCCUCUCAUCCUUCGCAACAACGUACUAAGGUCUCAGGUCACUUUCAAUCAUUCAGCCAUGUCUAUGUCAAACAUCAACUCAACACGCUUAACAACAAAAUGUGAAGAAAAAGCCGUCCCGCUAUCACUUCUCGACAGCACGACCGCCAAUUUCUCCGACGCAAGCGCAAUAUGGCUUUAUGAAAAGCCAACUCGUCAAGACAUCAAUUUGGCUCAUCACCUACGCGAGUCAUUAGCGAUUACGCUUGAGUCUUAUCCCCAGUUAUGCGGCCAUUUAAAAGCUAUUGAAUCUACAGACGGGACUGCUCCACCGGAAGCUGCGCAUUUCCCUCCACAUGCACGACGCUUUAGACGCUUGUAUGCGCACUAUGGAACUGGAAACGACCCAGGUGUCGAGUUCGUCCAUGCUAGAAGCUCUACUGCACUCAGAGAUUUGUAUCCAGAAGACAGAGUUUCUAAACACCCUGCCUGGCUUUGCGACUCUGCUGUGUUCAAGCAGUUUAUGCCAUCUGUACCGACGCCACGGCUAUUAAGCCAUGCUAUCAAAGAUGAAAACGGCCGUCUCUAUCCUUUUCUUGCGAUCCAAAUCACCGAGUUAGCAUGCGGUGGUUUUGUCUUGGCUUUGAAAGAGACGCACCCUCUUGCCGAUAUCACGGCUGUUAUGUCCCUUCUGAAAGAUUGGGCAACUGUCAGCCAGUCUAUGCUUCUCGGAAAGUCUAUCCCUCGGUCAAAAGCGGUUUUUGACCCUGCUCUAAUCGACAAUCAUGCCGCCGGAGAUAUAAACGCUGAACAACCCGACAAAAAGCUUAUACAACAAGCUAUGUCGUUGCCGAUGCAUAGAUAUGACUGGUGGGCACCUGGCCCAAAACCUUCAUGGGCACCUCCAGUCCCAGAGGCUUUCGAUACACCGGAUCUCGAACCAGCAGGCUCAGCCAUGCCUUGGGAAGAAUGGGAUGUGACCGCCCCUGUGUCGAACUGCGUCAUUCACUUGAGCAGAGAACAAAUUAUUUCACUAUGGGAAAAGGCGAACAAGGCGUCAUCAGAAAAGCUCAGUCAACACGAUGCAAUCAUCGCUCAUAUUUGGUCCUGCAUAGCCCGUGCACGGGGUUUGGAAGAUGACACAGGUCCUAUUCACUGCAAUCUCGUAUACGGCGUUAGAUCAUCCUUCGGACUCGACGAGAAAUUCCUCGGUUCCCCGGCUGUAAUGAUGAACAUCGAACACCCCGCCUCUAAAGUCUGCAGCCUUUCAAAUUCGACUGAACUAGCUAAUCGUGUCCGGAACACGCUUAAAACAAUUUCCGAGCCGAGUAAGAUGGCCGCUCAUCUACACGGCAUCGCAUUCGAAAAGUCUCCUCAACGAAUAUGGCAAGCCUUUCUAGGUCAGAGGCAUAUUCUGGUGACGACAUGGGCACGUGCAAACGUUUACGAGGUCGAUUUUGGAUUCGGAUCUACGUGUUCGUACGUUGAGAGUGUUGUGCCAGAUAUGGAUGGUAAUAUUGCGGUUAAGGAAGCACCGGGGCCUUCUACUAAGUAUUGGACUGAUAAUGGUGUUGACAUCUCUGUUCAUAUCAGAACGGAACAUAUGGAACGGCUGAUGGAUGAUCCGCUUUUGUUCCCAACCAUUACGUCUGGCGAGGAGUACGAAACAUAA